AUGCUUAGAGCGCGGCCUGUGUCUCAGCGCAUCGCGUUCUGGCCAUGGACGGCGAGGGGUCCGGUCCAGAAGCGCUUUGUCUCUGAUUGGAACGACUUUUCCGGCGACAGCAUUGAGGGAUCGUCAAGGAAGCCAAACCGCCGCAGUGGCAAAGCAGUCGGCGGAGGAAGGCGUGGGAGGGACGGUGCACAACAUGGAAAUCCCGCGAGGUUCCAACAUAUCCAACAGGGACAGCACGUUGCGGAAGACUCGCUGAAGAAAGAGGUAGAGCCCAGGACACCUUCGCUGGUGGAGCAGCUCUUCCCAGAAGAGACUAAGCGAUAUGAAGCUGCGCAGAAGAUACUGCGUGAAGUCCCUCGACUUGCUCUCGAUGCUUUGCAAACUCCAGCGCCCGCGAAGCCGCUCGCUUCGCCAACUUCAGAUGAGCCCACGCGAUCAUGGAAGGCGAUGAAGCUGGAGAACAUAAUGAGGGCUGCGGGUCCAGGCACGGCCAUGUUGGUACUACGCAAUGCUACGCCCAACCUGACCGAGGAAGACUUCCGGCGCUUGAUCCCGCAGGGAAAGCACAUCGAAGGCUGGACAUUGGAGCAGGGUGACAUCAUCAAAGUCAUCCCGGGACGGAACAUGGCGGAUCUGUCUCCAAAAAAUGCGUACUAUCUACUGUUCUCCUCCGCACUGAGUGCAUUUUCAUAUCAAGGUCAUGUAACUCGCAUACACACACUAGCUUCACAACACACGCCAAGCUCCGACACCUCGCCAAUCCCGCCACCGCCUGGCUACAUAAUCGAGGGAUUGGACGUGCACGCCGCCAUCGAGGCUUAUGCUCUGGUUCCACCGGGGCAGAGGCUGGAGCUACGAGGAAUCAAGCCACCUCUGAGCCCUGCAAUGCAGCACCUCCUCAAGUAUAAAGGCUACCAAGGGCUGGUCGAGCGGGAGAACAAGAUGCCAUUUGAGGCUCGACUCACGCUGGAGGGUCCGCAGCUCACUUUGAGCGCUGUCCGUCACGAAAUAUUGGAUAGUGGUAAAAAGCGAGGUCUCAGCUGGUCUGGCGAAGACAGCAACACGAUUCAAAUGUCCCGCUGGGAUAGUGAGCGAUGGAUGUCUGCCUCUGAUGACAGUGAGUCCGCGUGGUCCAGAGUCGCUGAGAGGACCGAAGAGGAGGAGACGAAGCGCGCAACGUAUCGAGCUGACCGGAGCAAGCCCAAUGACUCGACGACCUCACAGCCAAAGCGACGCAGCCCGGGAGUGGUGUACAUUGUCGGCUUUCAGACAGAAAGAGCUGCCCAGAGCUUUGUACAGUACUGGCACCGAAGGCCAAUUGGCUCGCCAAAGCAUCACGACAUAGAAGGCGAUAUACCGCCGAUUGCGAAUGUUGAGCUAUUAUGGUAG